GUCCGGGUAAGAUGGCGUUGGAAGAGCAGUGCUCGGCACCGUCUCGAUGGCGGUCCGUAUCUCUGACACACAUCGAGUUCCCGGAAGGCGAUCUGACGGGACAAUUUCUGGCCUACUUCAGCCUCCUACCCAUUGUGAUCCUCGUGGGGUUUGUGACACUCAUCGUGUUUAAACGGGAGCUGCACACGAUUUCCUUCUUUGGUGGCCUCAUCCUGAAUGAAGCGGUGAACUGGGUGCUGAAGCACAUUCUCAGAGAGCCGCGCCCUUGUGCAGGAGCUCACAACACCCUGCACACAGAGUAUGGGAUGCCCUCCAGUCACUCCCAGUUUAUGUGGUUCUUUGUUGUUUACUGCUUUCUUUUCCUUUAUUUAAGAAUGCAUCAAACGAACAAUGCUCGAUGUGGGGACCUGCUGUGGAGACACAUACUGUCCAUCAUCCUGUUGGGCAUGGCCUUAUUCGUCUCAUAUAGCAGGGUCUACCUGUUGUAUCACACCUGCAGCCAGGUGUCCUAUGGCGCAGUGGCCGGUUGUACGAUUGGCGUCGUCUGGUUCUUUUUCACACAAGAGAUGCUGACACCAUUAUUCCCCAAAAUAGCAGCAUGGCCAAUAUCAGAGUACUUCCUGGUGCGAGACACGAGUCUGAUUCCCAACAUCUUGUGGUUUGAGUAUACAGUGACCAGAUCAGAAGCAAGGAACAGACAACGAAAGCUUGGAACAAAACUUCAGUGAGCUGCACAGUUCUUCUGUGACACAGAGUUCAAGACCACACACACACACACACACACACACAUACACACACAAAAUAAAUGCUCACUCGACAAAAACACACUGGAGAACCAUCUUUUGGACUGACGUGGUUGCAAGGAGUAAAGGGCAAACCCCGUUUACAGGCGGCGUGAGAGGGCCCGGAGCCGCCCCGGGGCCCCCGGCCUCAGCAAGUCUGUCCACACGCUCCUCCUCCUCCUCGUGCAGCUUGACCCAAAUGCUCUUCAAUGCAUGCAAGACUGUGCAAGAGGCAUGCUAUUUAAUCAUAGAUUAAUAUAUGAAUUUAGUUCUCCCUGUAAACGCACGCUGACGAUAACAACGUACUGUUGAGAGGUUCGAAGAGCCGGAGGAGGCGUAGGUCCAGUUUCUAGCCAAUCGGUGGGUGCAUGUGUUUAGUGUUUCCUUUUUAAAUUUUUCACAUAUUCGAAUUGAUAGCUGGUGAACGGGUGGGCCGGGGGGUUGGUCGUGGCACGGUUAGGGUGGGUUGUAUGUGGAAUUCACCAUUUUACAUUGUUAUAGAACAUGAACAAUUUCUAAAAUUGCUCGUGAUGUAAUAUAAAUGACAAUUUGCACUUUGCGAAAUUUACAAGUAAAAAGGAAAAGAAGAUGAACACUAGUUAAAUGUUAAGCCCCUCCCCCUCUGGUCCCUCCGCAGUCUUUGCUUCGCGUCUAUGACGGUCGGUCCUAAUAUACACGACUCCAGAGAUUAGCCACGGUGUAAUUUUUUAAUCUGUACUCUUGAGCAUCGAGGUUGUGCUUUCUGUUCAUAUCCACGUUUUAGGAUAAUGAGACUGAAUCAAAGCAGCAGGUUUCACCUUUUUUGUUGUUGAACACACUUUGGACUGAGGUUGUGUUUUCCUCGCGCCUCACACACAGUAGCAGCUUGCAAACCGGAUUCUGGGAAUCAGUUCUUUUUUUUUUUUCAUAUUCUUUUUUUUCUUUUUUCUUUCAGUUUCUUAUCUUGUUUUCCGCUGUUGGAGAACCGUUUGCUUUCCGAGAUAACAUGCCGUCAUUUUAAGUGAGAAAACAAACAUAAAGACUGCUGAAGGCGAUGCGUUUUCUUUUUGUAUUACUUUUAAAAGAAGGAAAAAAAACCCGCCUCGGGUCAGUCGUAGCAUGUAAUUCGGCUUAAAUUCCUCACCGCCCUCUUAAGCUGGUUUUAAACUGUCAUAUCAUUAGCACCACAAAGGGAAGUAGUUCUCCUAGAAUCAGUUUUUUUAAUUUCGCCAUGUAUAACCUAUAUCAGGCUAAAUAAAAUGUGUUUAUGUACAGGA